AUGCAUCCUCCUCCGUAUCCUAGAAUUGCAUCUUACAACAUCUCGCGUGUUUUCUACCUGCUAUCUCACAUGUAUAAAAUCCCAACUUUUUUUUUCUUCCAAUUCGUGGUGAUUGUUGUGUUCACGACAACUAUCAUUCUUUGGUGUUGCUUUCGCACAAAUAUUGCACUUCAUUUACAUGCUACUCAAACUCUAUUAGAUUGA